GAUAUCAGGAGUUAAUCGCGUUAAUUUCCCACCAUUUGACGAGACGUCAAGAUGGCGUAUCUCGCAAGACUGUCCGCCACCACAGUUCUUCUUUGGGGAGUCUUCCUUCACCGUUCUACCACUAACGCAGAGCUCGUCCAGUACUCAGAGCCAAACACGGCUUUAGUAGACUCAGCGUACAAGACCAUUGACGUAGCGAACCUCGGCGAAUGCAACCUCAAGUGUGAUGGAGAUGAGAAGUGUCUCAGCGUCAACUACUGGAAGGUAAAUAAGAAGUGUGACUUAAACAACGCGACCAAGGCCAUGUACCCAGAACGAGAGAAGAAAGACAGGACCGCCAUCUACGCCAACAUUCGUGAGGGCAAACCUUGUCAUUUAAAGAAGGGCCCACCGAAAAAAGAAGCGAGAAACUGCCUCGAUGUGCUGAAAGCCGGAGGAAAGAGCAACGGUUUGUACACAGUAAAGCCAUUACAGGGCGGCGAUGCGUUCAAGGUUUACUGUGACCAGACUACAGAUGGCGGGGGAUGGACCGUGUUCCAGAGAAGACAAGACGGGUCAGUGGACUUCUAUCUCGGAUGGGCUUACUACAAGCGCGGGUUCGGCAACGAGACGGGGGAAUUCUGGCUUGGACUUGACAAGAUCCAUCUUCUGACCAAUCAGACUAAUACCACAGUUCGCGUUGACUUGAUGGACUGGGCUGGUGCUACUAGAUAUGCCGUGUACGAUCACUUUGCCGUGUCUGCAGAGAACAGAAACUAUGUUCUGACGCUUGGAUCUUACUCAGGGACAGCUGGUGACUCGCUCUCUAUCCACCGAGGAAUGGCAUUCACCACAAAGGACCGGGAACAUGACAACUUCCCACCUGAUAAUUGUGCGAUACACAAGACGGGUGCGUGGUGGUAUAACAGUUGUAGCAAUAGCAAUCUGAACGGUAAGUAUUUCCAAGGGGGAGAGGCUUUACAUAACGGUAUUAACUGGAGCACAUGGAAGGGCUAUGAGUAUUCUCUCAAGCGAUCUGAAAUGAAAAUCAGGCCUGCCAACUUUGUACGUAACUAAACACCACCACCAUUUACAGUGCGACGCACGCUACCGUGGAGACACUUUUGCAGUUUUGUGGAGUAACCCUUUAAGCACGCGCUAUCUUAUUAGCAUCAUCGUCAGUAGCCAAUCAUGGCAAAUGAAUGCUUUGCUGCACAUCAGAAAACAAUGAAAUCCUCCUAAUUUUAAAAUUCGUGCUAAUUGGCCGAUUUUCUUAAAACUCCACCUCUAACCAUAACCAGCAUGUCAAAGGAAAUGCUUCAGUGUACAUCGGUAGAAUGCUUCUGGUUAUCAAAUUUGUGCCAAUCAAUGUCAAUCAAUCUUUGAAUCUCGCAUGGGGUAAUUGGCCAAUUUUCGUAAAACUUUGUGUCCACGGUAUCGGGUGUAACGAGUGGAGGGGUUUGUAAGUAGCAUCUAAUACUGUAAUGAUUCGAAUAAGCACCUUCCUGUAAAUAAGCACCCACCGCGAGCUUUUGUCUAGGUCGAGCUAGUUUUUGCUUUUGUUGGCCUUUUUUACUUUGUUCACUUGAACUUGCAUCUCAUUACUUAUCUGAUAAUAAUGAUUUUAAUAGUUCUUAUGACCUAUUCUUAAAUCUCUUUAUGCUUAUUCGUGAAUGAAAAUGAUUAGGAUCUAAUUCAAUUUUCUUAUAUGAAGUCAUUUUGAACUCUGCCGCACAAUUCAUCUAGACGUACGAGAUGACUAUACAAGACUCUGGCUCUCUUUUUAUUAGAGCUCAAUCGAAAUUCGCUUUCUAAUUUGUGGUUAUUACAUUUAGCUUUAACGUGUUACAUUAAGCGUUAAGUCCUUAAUAAAAUCAAACGUUGAAAAAUAUAGUACAUAUUAAGCGUUAACUGAUUUAUUACAUUAAGCAUUAUGGUGUAAUUCAAGUGACAUUGUAGAUUAAGAACAUUGUAUGGAAAUAAAUGGUGAACAUCACCCA